AUGGACACGAUCCUGAUGGUGAUGUGGCUCGCGAACUUUGCAAACGCAAAUCCUGGGACACCGUCAGAUCCAGUCGUUCUCAUUCUGGACAACGUCGGCUUCCAUCGACGGGCCUACCGCAUUGUCAAGGACUGGCCCGAGUUGGCCCAUGUGAAAUUCCUCUUCCUGCCGCCCAAUUCGGCCUCCUUUACCCAACCGAUGAACCUGGGUAUCAUUGCAGCCAUGAAGCAGAGCUGGAAGAAGUUCGACAAGAUCUUUCAUGGCAGCAUUAGUGGCGUGGAUGGGGAUAACCCCCUGGUGACAUUCCUGCAUAGACUGAAUUGGUUGGCAAGAUCUUGGAAAGAGAUUCCUGCUUCGGCUAUCAAGAAGUGUGCAAUGCACAGCCCUCUCUUCUUUUGUCACGCUCAGCAAAAUCGUCUUUUGCCUGCGUACGUGAAGCGCAAUAUGGAGAUUGAGGCUCUGGUUCCUUAUGAAGAUAGAUCUCCUCGUGUUGAAGGGCCGGUGAUCGGACUAAAUGAGGCAGGGGUGCCCACGAAGCGGGCAGCUUUGGCCCAGAUCGCUUCAAUCCCAUUUGAGGUUCUGUUUCCCCCAGGAAAGGCGGUCUUCGAUGCUGAAAUUGAGACACUCAAGGGCAACCGAGUGGAGCCUGAACGUCUCCGAAAUCUGCUUUCCCAGAGGCAGAGGCGUGAGCGUCUUCGAGAGAGACAGAAGACGACUGCCGAGCUGGUCCCGCACGAUAUGCAAGCCACAGAUGAGAUUGCUGUGUAUGUCGAUGACUCGCCCGAUACUCCCGUCAAUGAUGUCCAGGUUGUGGACCAGCGAGCGCGGCGCCGUGGCGACGAGAACGUUGGCCCUCCUAUCAAGUUUGUGGCGUAUGAAAUGGGUGGCUCGCCGAGAAGAAGAUGUGACUAG